UGCUGCUGUUUGCAGAACCGUGGUUGAGGUAUUUUGUACUUUAGUCUGUUUAAGCAGUAUAUAUGUCGAAGGUUUAAGCGCAUCCAUAGCGGAACCUGCUGCCCCAGGCUUUACUUUAGUUUAUAAAAACUACUUGAGCAUUAUUCUCUAUGUAAAUAUAUAAACGGAAGACACUGAGAAAACGUCAAUUUACAUUAUAGUUGCCUUUCUGGACUUCCGGAGUAGUUACUCCUUCGUUAUAAAUUUUCGUACUUGUUUUUAAAACAACGUAGUAAGUCGCUAUCGUUUAUUUUACCGGUUUUUAUUUAAUUAAUGUGAAAUACCAGCACAUUUCUGUCACAUUUAAAACACGCUUAUAAAAGAACCGCCGUCAAACGUUUUGAUCCAGCUCGACGGUAAAUCCGGUCCAGAAAAUGUGAGCUCCCACGACCCACUCCCGCUCAGGGCUAAGCUAGGCUAGUUCAAAACUCCUCCCGCUAACAUUUAUCUGCUAGUGGUUUCCGCCAGUUCCGUUCAUGUUGUCGUUAAUUCCCGUUGAGUGUUUCGUCUACCAACAAGCGUCGAUUUUGUUUGCAACUGUAUAUUUGCCGAUAGCGACUGGCGACCAGGCGAACUACAUCAAGCCCCCAGUCUGAGCUAACUGUUAACCUCGCAGCCAAAAUGGCGGAAAACGGGGGUACCAACAGUGGAGCUACCAGGACAAUAACCGACGUAGAACCACUGGAGGAACAAGUUCAGUGCCCCGUUUCCCUGAGUCAGUACGGGGACGCGGGAACGGGGGUUCUAGUGGCCCAGAGCGAACAGGCCGGGGAUAGUUCCGAACCUGCGUCCUGUGCAGAGAACGCAUCGCAAGGGUCUGGAGCACCGCUGGCGGGUGCCUUAGAAAGCUGCCCGAUUGGACAGACCGUGGUGGUGGGCACAGAGCUCACCGACCUCGCCAACACUACCAUCAUCUACGUUCAGCCGGACGGAACCCUGGAGGGAUCCGGACUGACGGCCGAGGAGCAGCAAGCGGUUCUGAGUCAGCUCUCCAAACAGCACCAAAUCCUGCAGGUGUCUGAGACCGAAGCUGCUCAACUGCUCCAGCAAAGCCAGCUGGUCGAAACCGUUCCGGUACCAAAAAAUGCUUUGGACCCUUGUCAGUUCCAGCAGGUCAUUAACCAGGUCACCAAGUCCCAGAUUCAGAUCCAGAUCCCUCAGCAGGUCCAGGCUCAGCAGUGUCUAAACCAACAGAAGCGGGUCGAAGGUCCACAGCAGAACCUAAAGUCCCCAACCCACAACAAUGCCUCCCAGCAGCUGAAGAGUGUGGCCCAGCAUAUCGCCACGCAGUCCAAGAGCUCUGACCAGCCGGAAUCAGUCAAGAUCCAGAUUGGAAUUCCUCCUAAGCAAGAGGGAGGAGUCACUCUCCAACAGAAAAGCGUAGGUGUUGGCCACCCACAGGUGAAGCUGUCCACUGGAGGAGGUUUGAGCAACACUCAGAUCAUCCACAUCCAGCCUGUGGUUAGUCAAGGGCAGCAGAUCCUCCUGCAGCAAAAUCCAGGAGACCCACCCAUCCAGCUACUACUGCAAAGCCCCACCCCAGUCGUUGGGUCUCUACACCCAUUGGUCCACAAGCUGACUGGCCAGACAACCUUAACAGGUGCCACUUCCAGUCCAAGUCAGAAACCUGUCCCAUCUCCCAUUAAUGUUUCUACAGCACCAACUGUUAAAGACCCAUUGUCCUCUGUCAUCAAGGCUCCACUUUCUACCCCAUCGAGAACCAUCACCAUUCCUCUGAUUAAGCCCCUCCAUAAUGGCACUGAAACGUCUGCCACUAAAGGUUUGACUAAACCAUCAGCUGUCAUCACUGCAGUUCCCAUUCACACCACUACACUUGCUGUUGCACCCCAAACUGUCAAAGUGGCCACAUCUUCUGUUGUCAAGGAUGGAAACAAGGAAAAAGACAAGGAGAGGAAGGUAAAGAAGAGGGAGAAGAAGGGGGUGAAGAUUCUAACAAGAUCAGGUCGGGUUUCUAGACCACCAAAGUACAACGCCAAGGACUACAAGUUCAUUAAGACCGAGGACCUGGCUGAAAGCCACCAGUCGGACUCUGAUGACUAUUCAGACAUCAGUGAGGAAGAGGAAAGUGAGACUUCACGGAAAGAUGGUGCUGACACCAAAUCUUUUAUUUACAGCCACAAGUCCCGGUCCCACCCCUGCCAGACAUGUGAUAAAACCUACAUUGGUGCUGCAGGCCUCAAUCGGCAUUACAAGCUAAACCCAACGCAUGGAGAACCCGAUCCAUCCAUCAGCACGCCACACCUGCCCAGAGAUGACGACCAGUUAGAGGAGAUGAAUGUUGUCAGGGAGGAGGAGUUUGAUGACGAGGAGGAUGAUGAUGACAAACUUCCUGUUUCUUCAGCAAACAAGUCAGAGGGUGUCCCAGCUGCAUCAGGACUCCGAGGUCUCCAUCGCAGACUCCCUGGCCGACCCAGAGGCAGAGGGAGGGGCAGAGGAAGGGGAAGGGGGAGAGGGAGGGGCCUGGGUCAAGGACAAUCAAUGGGACUUCCUCCUAAGGUGGCAGUUGGCCAUGUGGGAAGACCAGGUCAGCGUGGUCGACCUCCAAAGAUCGCCGUUAUCCCAGUAACAGCUGAGCAGCAGGUGAAGAGGAGACGGGACCGACUGCAGGAGCUGGUGGAGCAGUGUGAGGCUGAGGAGUUAAUGGAUGUUGUUCUCCCUCGUUUGACCAAAGUGUUGAGUCUGUGGGAGCUGCUGCUGGCGAAGGUGGAGUCCAAGAGUCCAGCUUGUACCAGUUUUCCAGACAUUUACCACGAGUUUGAGUCCCUGCAGGCACAGGUCAGGCAGGCGGCCCAGGAGUACAUCACAGGUCCACAGAGUGGAGCCAGACCUGUAGAGGUCCGGAACAUCGAGGUUGCUCGGUCCUUGGGGAUCCUGGAUGAAGUAAACAAGAUGAAAGUGGUUCCUGGAGCGUCACCCGUCCCCAGUCUGACCAACAAGAACGUCCGAUACAUGGAGAACUCCAAGAUGUUACCGCCAUCAAAGCGAUUUAAGAUGGAAAACAGCAUCACCGACGAACAGAAAGGCUCCGCGCCGCUAACAACAGUCUCUGUGACAUCAGCCACUCCAGGAAAUGCUCCUCUGAAGCCCUGCUUGGUCUCCGUGUCUCCUCUGGUGAUUCCAGGUGGAUCUAAACUACACACCACCUCCGCUGACCUCUCCUCCAGCCUCUCUGGUGCUCCCUCUGCUCCAGCCACCUCCAACCCGGUUCCAGUUCCUGUCGUCCCAACAGAGGUGCAUAAAGAAGAGUUUAUGGAUGCGGUUCAUGACGUCCCAGUCCAGAUGACAGGGCUAGAGACGUCUCCUUGUUCCAGUUCUAAGACAAACACAGCAGAGUCAAGUUUAGGCCAGACCACUGGUUCUGUUGAGCAACAGCAAAGUGACUCUCCAGAAUCUGGAUCCAACACAACAGAACCUUCUGAGGCCAAAGAGCUGCAGGAGGGCCAGGAGAUCUACAUUGAGACUGAGCAGCUAACAGUCCAGCUGGCUGAACCAGGAUCAGAUGGGAUUGUUAUCGUCAACGGACCAGACGGGACAACCAUGCACAUCCAGACACCAGAGGGCGUCCCACUGGAGGCAGUCCAGGCCAUGCUGGGCAUCGAGACUUCAAAUGGAGACAGACCUCCCCAGUAAACCGGCUCUAGGGGAUCAGAACUGGACCAGCAGCAGGGUGUGGCCACAUACCCACCUGUCAGUUUGUCUCCUCCAAUCAGAACUCUAGAAACAUCAAAGGGGGGGCUUUCCACCUGGAACUGGUUCUGUCUUGUGAGUUUGGACCAACAUGUAUGAUGGCUCCCAACAGGUGUGAGUUGGCCCUGCCCACAUUAAUGUUCACAUCUUUGGCAUUCUUCAUUAAAUCUGGGUUGAGAUAUUCUGUUCCGCUGUCACAAUAUAAAUAUAAAACUUUGUAUUAUUAUUUUUAUUCAAUGUUUUUCUUCUGCAAGUGAGUACAAAUGGGAAAGGAUCCUCAGAAUCCCCCAAGUGGACUCUUUAGGUUUACUUCAACAGGAUAAAAUGGGAACCUGGAUCACCUCCAGAGGACAGAAGCUCUUCCUGCUGCCUGACGGGCUCCAGUGAAAAAUAAAAACAGAUUUUUAUCAGAAAACAAACACACGCACUUGUUGAGUUUUUAACAAACUGUUUGGAUUUCUAUAAUCUUUUCAGGGCCAAGUGUUUUCUAUUGAAUCUAUUAUUUAUUCACCCUUUCAUCUGGUGGUGAACUACAUGGUAGCCACAGGUGUCCUGGGCCCGGCUGCUACUUUCUCACCACCAGCACUUACACACAAGCACGGCAAGUUAGGUGUCCUGCUCAAGGACACAACGGCAGAGUAAGCUAGGUUUGUUUCUGUAAACUGACUGGGUUCCAACUGGACUCAGAACCUCCAGAAACGCCCCAGAGAAGCGCCGCUGUACAGAACCCGAUCACGUUCUGAUACCUGGUUCCUUUGUGUAAUCGGAUCAGAACACUGGCCCGUUUCAGCCGUGACCAGUGAGAGAACGGGGCUGUGUGAAAUCAAACUGUCACGUGGGCCCAGCUCGUGUGGUGUGUUUACCUGUCAGCUGUGAUGAUGUCAUCAGCAGCCUCUGCUUGUUUUUAAACAUUUAGCUGGUUGUUUGUAAACUAGUUUUCAUUGUUUCUACAUAUUUGAAACAAGGGGAUGUUCGGCUGAAUGUUUAAACAUAGAUGGAUAUAAAGUGUGAAAGUUGGAUUAUUUUAGUAUUUUUGUUAUAAAACUUGACUCUGGACAUUGUUGGGACUGCAGUUGGGUGAGCUGAAACGUCUAGGAGAAACUUUUAUUUUGAUAGUUCAGGCGCAGAAGCUUAUUUCCUGUUCCAAUAAAUCCUGUCACAGUCUC